CCGCCGUCAUGAGGAUCGAGCAUCGAGGACUGAAGCGUCACAUCCUUUGUGUCCAUCAUCAUCUGCGCGGCGGUGCGUCUGUGAAUAUGUGCGGCAGAUUAUCACUCAUUGUGCUCUUCGUGUAAAUACUGACGCUCGUUCGGGCGUCCGUCAUUCAGCAGCGAGUGAAAGCGGAACGGGAGAAGCGCGCCUUUGCGUUACACCAGCCGGCCAAAGCCAAGCCGCGGCUUUAUUAAACCUUGUAGCGAGCACGCGUUAGUGACGUCGCCGCCGCAUAUCGCGUUACGUCACAUGCAUGCUGGUAAAUCCGUCGCGUUUCAUCGUGCGCCGAUUGGAUUGCGAUAGGUUUGCUAAUAAAAUGGGACGCGGUCGGCGCGCGCUUGUGGAAUGACACAUCCAUCCGCGCAGCAGCUGAUGUUUGAUGGACACCGAGCGCGGAGCGGCUUGAUUUCUCCGCCGUGAAGGAUGAAAAACCUCGACUAUCAGCAAAUAGACCCUCAGGCACUCGCGACUCCUACCCCGACGCCUCCACCGCGACCUCUGCCCGAGCACAAGCCCAGACGAGCCCGGAGGAAAUGGGAGGUGUUUCCCGGGAAGAACCGCUUCUGCUGUGACGGUCGCGUUAUCGUGGCGCGUCAGUGCGGCGUGCUGCCGCUCACACUGGGACUCAUCGUGCUCACCAGCGGACUCUUCUUCAUAUUCGACUGCCCGUUCCUGGUGGAGCACCUCACCGGCUGCAUCCCGGCCAUCGGAGGGGUCCUGUUUGUGUUUGUGAUCAUCUCUCUCCUCCAGACCAGCUUCACGGAUCCGGGGAUCCUGCCCCGGGCCACACCAGAGGAGGCCGCAGACAUCGAGAAACAGAUCGACAACCCGACGGGCUCGUCCUCAUCCUACCGCCCCCCGCCGCGCACGAAGGAGGUCGUCAUCAAUCAGCAGGUGGUUAAACUCAAGUACUGCUUCACCUGCAAGAUCUUCCGGCCUCCGCGCACCUCCCACUGCAGCCUGUGUGACAACUGUGUGGAGCGCUUCGAUCAUCACUGCCCCUGGGUUGGCAACUGUGUGGGGAAACGAAACUACCGCUUCUUCUACACCUUCAUCGUCUCGCUGUCUUUCCUCACAGCCUUCAUCUUCGGCUGUGUAACCACACACCUGGCUCUAAGGUCUCAAGGAGGAAAUGGGCUUGUUUUCGCUCUCCAAGCGAGUCCUGCCAGUGCUCUUGAGUUGGUGGUCUGCUUCUUUUCAGUUUGGUCCAUUUUGGGCCUCUCGGGCUUCCAUACAUACCUGGUGGCUACAAAUCUUACUACCAAUGAGGAUAUUAAAGGCUCCUGGUCAGGGAAAAGUGGAAAUGAGGACGUUGGAAAUCCUUACAGUUACAACAGCAUUACCAAAAACUGCUGUUCUGUGCUCUGUGGACCCAUGCCGCCCAGUUUGAUUGACAGGCGAGGCUUUGUGCCCUCCGAUGACUCGGUCCAGACCAGUCCUGUGGAAAUCGAACUCUCUGCUGCUAAAAAUGACACAAACAUGUGCACACAGGGAACCAAAGGUCUGCUGGAAUCGGCCUCUCGAUCUCCUCUCCUCACAAGCUCCUGUCCGCAGGCCAAACCUCAAGCCGUCUUGGAGACUCUACCAGAGAUCGUCCCGUCACCUGCCCCAGAGCCGCACAAGACCACUGAAGGACGCCAGUCGACCAGCACCCCUCACAAACAUCACUCCCAUCACAGAACCAAGGCAAAACAAAGCACUCAUCACACCCACAUCCCGACCCCCAAGACGUCCAACUCGUCUCCGAGACCCCAUCACAGCCACAGUUCAAGACGGAAAGACUCCAAGAACAGAGACCCAAAAUUCAAUUCUCUGCGCUGAACAAUCGGACUCUGUCAACAUGCAUAUUAAUGCAUUUCUUUGAUUAUUUAAAUUUGUCCUCGUGGGAUUUGAGUUGUGACUUUGAACAAACAGAUCUGAUGUUUCCAGAAAGACCUCCAGGUUUAGUGAACCGGUGGCCAUAUUAUGGACUGUCAAACCGGAGAGCAAGUAUGAAGUAUGGACUUCUAUUAACAGAUUGAUGACUGGAAAGCUUUGUAAAGUGUUUCUAUAAAGACGAGCACAAAGGUCUCAGAAGUGAACUGCGGAGCAAUUGCCUUUAAGACAAUUGUCAAUCUUAACAGUGAGUUCCAAAAUGAGCUUCAUCAGAACAGCAAUAAUGGAACAAGAACACUGUCGUCCUCGAUCUGGACAUGAACUCUGGGAUCCAUUUCUCUGGCCUCUUUUAGGUCUCAUUGGGAAUGCAUUGGUCGAGCUUCAGUAAGCAAAGAACCAAUCUUCUUUAUGCAAAAAACAAGAGCAUGCUUGGAGAAUAUAGCUCACAAUCAUUCUUCAUCCAUCGUAGGGCUGCAUGCUGAAUCGUAUUUUAAUCGUGAUCAGGAUUUCUGAUCCUCUCGAUAUUUUUAAGCUUUUUUUUUUAAAGUCUGUGAUAUUUUUCCACUGGUAAUUUGUCAUUAUUUUGUCAUUUGCAUUACCUUGCAUUGGUGUCAAGCCUCCAAAGGCAUUCAUGGCUGCGGUUGCCAGAUAUCAAGAGCUUAAAUCCCCCAAUCAUAGCUAUUAUUUCAUGAAUUGAUAAAUUUUCUUCUCAGCUGGUUUACUUAGUGUUCCCAACUUAGUGACUUUAUUGCUAUAUUUAUCAACUUUUCUGACCUUAUUAGCCUUUCCUUUUUUUUUUUUCAAAAAGUGACCAAUGACAAAUCUAGUGACUUUUUGGACAAUCUUUAACUACUUUCCACUGAAAAUAUUGAGCAAUGCUUAUGUUCCCAACCUGGCAACCAUUUGCACACGUUCUCUCUGCAUUACAGAAAAAGCGCAGAUGAGCUGAAAACACCGGCAAACAUGUAAAUAGUAGUUUAGGGAUCUCUUUUGAGAGAUUCUGCUCAAAUUGAAGUGUAAUACAGCCAGUCUGUUUUCUUUCACCCAAUCAUUUGCGCGAUUUACAGUGACUAAAUCCACGAACAAACCAUUUGAGUUCACAUUCUCUUGAUUUGUGCUUAAAUGAAAGUGCAAUAAUUCUGAUGAAAUGUAAAGAAGAGGAAAUGACAAUAAUCCUGACUACUUUUUUUGAGUCGUGAUCAACCGUUUAACAGUUAUCAUGCAGCCCAGAUCCAUCAUGUAGAACAAGAGUCUUCUCACCAGUGAUUCAUUAUUUUCCUAAAGGACUUCAGCAUGGUUUUGUAACAUAUUGUGUUUGAACAUGGUAUUAAGUGUGCACAAGUACUUGCUAAUGUGGAUGAGAUGAUGCCUCCAAGUCCCCCGAUCACCGUGUUGAAGAUCUAGUUGAAAAGUUAACUGGUUAAUCUGAGCGUUUCUCUCCGUUCUUCACGUUGCAUUCCUGACACACUGCUGUCUAUCAGUAAUUAGUAAAGGAACAGUCUUAAUGCACUAACUCUCAAUGCAGCAAUACUGUAAUGCUUUAGUUCUUCAUGGUUUGACUCGUGUGCUACUGUAUGCGUGGACACUUUGAGUUCGAAUGGGAAUGUGGGUGUUGUGUUGUUAUCCAGGUUUUUACAUAAUAUGCAAACUAAAUGUUAUUUAUGAAUGCUGAAAUUGAUCCUCUGUUUCUCAAGACCUCUGCAACAUUUGCACAAAUAAAUACAAAGAACUAACAGGCCA